AUGAAGGAAAGGCGGUUCAUGUUUGUAUUGUUGGUUGUGAUUUGUGUGUUCAUGAUCAGCACGGAGGUGGAAUCAUUAUCGGUUCGUAUCAAUCCAAAAUCACAACAAGUUGCUGCUUCAUCAAGUGAUAGUAUUAAACCAAUUGUAUUGUGGCAUGGUAUGGGUGAUUCAUGCUGUUUUCCAUUUUCAAUGGGAAAGAUUGAAACACUGAUUAGAUCACAAUUUAAUUCAUCAAAUUUACCAUAUAUUCAUUCUAUUAGAAUUGGAAAUAAUAUAGAGGAAGAUGUUGAGAAUAGUUAUCUAAUGAAUGCCAACAAACAAGUUCAAAUGGCUUGUGAUAUGUUGAAGAAGGAUCCUAAUUUGAAGGAUGGAUUUAAUGCUAUUGGAUUCUCUCAAGGAUCUCAAUUUUUGAGAGCCUUUGUUCAAAGAUGCAAUUUGCCAAAGGUUAAUAAUUUGAUCAGUAUUGGAGGACAACAUCAAGGAGUUUAUGGCUUACCUAAAUGUAUUGGAGUCAAUCAUACAGUUUGCGAAUAUAUAAGAGAAAUGUUGGAUAUUGGAGUUUAUUGGGGUUGGGUUCAAGAUUCUCUUGUUCAAGCAGAAUAUUGGCAUGAUCCUUUCAAUGAACAGGAAUAUAUUGAUAAGUGUAUUUUCCUUCCAGACAUUAAUAAUUAUGGAAGAAUUAAGAAUGAAACUUACAAGAUUAAUUUAAAGAGCUUGAACAAAUUUGUAAUGGUGAAAUUCUUGCAAGACUCAUUCGUACAACCAAUAGAAUCUGAACAAUUUGAAUUUUAUCAACCUGGACAAGAUAAACGUGUCGUUCCAUUAAGAGAAUCGCCACUCUACAAGGAGGAUUGGCUUGGCUUACAAGAAAUGGAUAAAGCAGGAAAAUUGGUCUUUUUAGAAAGCAAUGGUGAUCAUCUUCGAUUCACUGAGCAGAAACAUAUUUCCGAGAUUGAAAAGGAUUUAAAGGAAAAUGAAUUAAAUUCUAGGAGGAGUAAUAAUCAUAAGGAAUUGGAAAUUGAAAAUAAUGAAUCAGAUGAAUGUGGCUACAAUCCAUUGUUUAGGAAAUCAAAAAACGAUACUGUUCAGGAAUUAAUUGAUGAGUAUGAACGAGGUGUAAAGGUGAUCAAUGAAAGUGAGAGACUAAAUGAGAAAAAGAGAAAGUUCAGCACUGUGUCACCACUAUAUGAACAAAAGUUUAAUAAGAUUCUGGAAAUGGCAGCAGAAACGAAAGCAAAAUUAGCAAAAAUCAAAGAGGAUAGAAGAUUUGAAACUAAUGAAACUGUGAAAGUUCCGAAAUCAAUAGUGGAGCAAGCUAAAAUCCUUAGAACCAAGUUUAUUGAAAAUAUUCAAAAAGAUGAUGAAGGAGUUGAUGAAGACCUUACACUAAGCGCUCUAUUGUAG